CUGCUGCCAGGCGCGGCGUGAGCGCUGGGCACCCCCGGCUCGCAGCCCGCCUACCAUGGGCAUCGUGGCGGAGCGGGGAGCACGGUGGUGCAGCAGGGGAGCUCGCAGCGCUGCAGCCUCCCCUCGGCUUACGGCUCGGGGCUGUUUCCAGAGGAAUCCCACCUUCCUCCCUCCGCUGGCCUUUGCUCACGCUGAACCAUCGCCCUGCGAGGGCGGCUAAACCCGACGCUCUUUGCACACGAUGGGCCCCCAAGCACCGAGGCUCGGGGCCAGAGCCCUUGGCCAGCGGCCAGCUGCUUUCUAAGCACUGCUGGGGGAAGCACAGAGGAGGGUUUGUCUGCCGCCGUGGGAGUGCAGGCCCUGCUCCGUGCCUUGAUUUCCCCUGCCAGGAUUUACGCGGCUCCUGCGAGCGCGCAGAGCCCUUGCAGCCUCGGGGGCUGGGGAUCACACGCCCCGUUUCCCUGCCUGAUUGCAUCGUGGGACCAGCAGACACCUGCUCUGACGUCUGACCCUUCUCUCCAUCUCAGGGAGCGCAGCUGGUGUGGAAGGAGAUGUGGCACUGUGCUAGGUAACGGGUUUUCCUGGCCCUGCUGGGCACCCUGUUUCACCUGGCGCGCCUCCACCUGCCACCCUGUGAGCAGCCGGGCUCCAGCGUCGCUGCAGUAGCUCAGGGCCGUCCUUGGCACCGGGGAGCUGGGACAGGGCAGGUGUGUGUGGCCCCUUCCCUCAGCCCCGGCCCGGUUGACCAUGCCCUUGGCCUCCCUUCAUGGCCCAGAUGCGCUGGUGGUGCUGGAAGAGGCUGCUCUGCGCCAGCCUCCUCCUCUUGCUCCUCCUCUGGUGCCUGCUGCUCCUCGCCAGGGACGUGCAGAAGAAGUGGCCAGUGGCUGGACGCUUCCGCCUGGCACCGCGGGGGCAGCUGCUGGCGCGGCCCGGUCUCGGAGCUGUGCAGGGUGUCGACUUCGCCUCGCUGUUUGCAGGAUCCCACGCCAGCCCACGCUGCGACUGGGGGCAAGUGCUGCUCAUCCUGGUGACAUCCGCACCGGGCAACGUGGAGGCCCGGCACGUCAUCAGGAGGACCUGGGCUGCCCAGGAGGGACAGCCCCCCAACCGGUGGCAGACGGUGUUCCUGGUGGGGCAGGCGGCUGAGGCAGAGGUGGCCCGGGGUGUCCAGAGGGAACAGCAGGAGUUUGGGGACAUCCUGGUGGGGAACUACAAGGACACGUACCGCAACCUCACCCUGAAGGUCAUGCACGGUUUGAAGUGGGCGUCCAAAAAGUGCCGGCCCCGCUACAUCCUCAAGACGGACGACGACUGCUUCGUGAACACGGAUCGCCUGCCCGCCUUCCUGGCUGAGGUCAACACGGUGAGGACCGGCCUCUACGUGGGCUCCCUGUUCUCCCAGGAGAAGCGGCAGGUCAUCCGCGAGCCCUCCAGCAAGUGGUAUGUGUCGCGGCAGGACUACCACCCGGAUGAGUACCCGCCCUACGCCAGCGGCAUCGGCUACGUCCUCUCCCUGGACGUGGCUGAGAAGAUCCUGGAGGCGGCGCGGCGUGUCCGCCCCAUCCCCGUUGAAGACGCCUACGUGGGCAUCUUGGCGGAGGAGGCAGGAGUGCGGGCGAAAGCCAGCGCCCGCUUUGCCAAGCACAAUGUGCGGUGGCGCGUCUGCAACUACCGGUACCUGAUGGUGAUCCACCACCUGAGCCCGCGGGAGCAGGAGGCGGCCUGGAGGAGCAUGCUGCAGGCCCACAGCGCCUGCCGCGACAGCCUCGAGGUCAGCCGGUGGAAGUGACCUGCUGGUGCCCGAGUCCGGCCAUGAUGGUGCCACGUGGAGGAUCGUUGUUGGGUGCAUCACCCAGGGGCUGGCCAUGGGUCCUGGUGGGCCCUGGGGCCACGUGCGGCCACAGCAGGCACAACCUCAUCAGCCUUGCAAGGCGCGCACAGCAUCACCCACCCUGCCAGGGCGCAGCGUGCACCUGGACAGCCCGUCCCUGCCAAGAUGGGUGCAGUGCCCCACCAGUCCCUUAAGGGCUUCCACACGUCCAGUUUUCCCCAGACAGUCCCUCUCCUCCCCCAGCUCGAUCGGGGCAAGCGGCCGGAGUGUGGGAUGCGGCAGAAAGGGGGCAGACCCUAG